AUGUAUGAAGUAUAGAUUGAGCAAGAGUAGACAGUAGUAAUACGAGAAACCAAUAAAAAAAGAGAACAAUUCCGACAUGAUUUGAGAAGGAAGGCUUUAAAUGAAUAAUUUAAAGUAAAAAUAAUAUUCUAAAUAAAAGAAGAAGAGAACACCUAAAAAAGAAUUAGAUAUGCUAAAUCUACUGAAAAAACUUAGGAGUAAUGAAUCAGAACUAGUAUUAAAUCAAUUUAUUGUUUUAGUGUCGAGUAUUAAGAUUAAUGUAAGAAGCAAAUCUCGAAGAAAAUGAAGAUAUAGCAAUGUUUUUGCGUGAGUUAAUGCAAGAGAAUUAGAAUUAGGAGAUAAGAUUAUUGUGUAAAUAAUUAAUAAAUCUUAAAUUCUGUUGCGUGCCUUAGCAUUUAAUGAAAAAUCGAUAACAAUAUUGA